AUGUUAUUCAAAAGGUUAGUAAAUGCUUUGAUGCUAUUACUCUUAUUAGGUGCUGGUUUAUUGAGUUUUUUUAUUAUUCUAUCUGGUGCACGUACUGGGGGUACUUUAAAAAAUUUUUACUGGUUUCAAGCAAAUACCCAAGGUUUUAAUAGUGCGCCAAGUGUUACGAGAUGGUACAAUUACGACUUUUGUGGUUUUGAAAAUAAUAACGUAGGUAAUUGUUCCCAUAAAGCCCCUGCCAAGCCUUUCUCUCCGAGGGACAAUUUCGGUAGUAGUCCUAAUAUGCCAUCUACUUUUCUCAACAACAGGAAUACAUAUUAUUACCUAUCGAGAGUUGCUUGGGCAAUGUUGUUGAUUGGAUUCUUUUUCUUAAUGUUGACUAUCAUUCCAACUUUGGUUGGGAUCUUUACCAUUAUUAAAGGACUUGCCAUUUUUACCACUGUUAUGUCCUGGUUGGCAUUCUUCUUCAUGAUAUUAGCUGCCUGUUUAUAUACAGGUUGCUAUGUCAAGGCCAGAAAAGCUUUCCAUAACAACCAUAGAAGUGCAAAACUUGGUGCCAAGAAUUUCGCAUUCAUCUGGACAACCGUUUUCCUACUUCUCUUAAAUACAAUUUGGAGUACUUUCGUUUCGGCCACACAUAAAGGCAAAAAGUACUCUCAGUAUGAGGAACCAGAGGUUUACAAUACUUAUCCACCAGCCUCUGGAGACACGACACAGUACUUUAAACAAGCAUAUGCCAGGGGUGCCACCGAUGUAACACCUGCUCCACAAAAUGUUCCACAACAAGGCGCACAGCGUGUGGCACAACAGGUCCCACAAACAACGUAUGCUAGGGGGGAAGCGGUGCCUGCUACAGCUGGCACUACCCAAAAACCUAUCAAUCAAAACGACGGCAAAUAUUUCACUAGAGUGAAAAAAGAUAAGUACCAACACACAACGGAUAACGAACCAACACGAGAAAUUCUAACUACUACAAAAGAGGAAGGUGUACCAUUAACCCACAAUGCUUAA